AUGCUGAUGAGUGAUGUACCGUAAAUACCGUUUGAUGCCGGUCGGAAAGUCUUAUAAAAUCAAUGUACCACAGCUGGAAUAGAGCAUAGUUUACAUGGUUACACUUACAGCCUUGCAUCAAAUGCUAUUCUCUAUUUCUGCAGAUGAACUGUAAUUGAGAAAUCCCACCAAACUCUUGCAGACAGCAAAGCCUGGGUACAGGUGAAAAGGACCAGUGAAAGAAACUUGUACUCCGUAAACCUUAUUACAUCUGGCUUUUUGGAUGUCAUUUCUUCCACAAACAUCAUCCACUUAAAAAAGUGACUAUGGAAUACGAGCCUGAAGAAAGGCGCCCUCUCAUAAGGACCAUUUCAGAAGAUGGAGUAUUUGACUCCCCUCAGACUCCUGUCUACUACGAGAUCUCUAGUAAGAAGCGAAGGGUGGCAUGUUUCAUCAUCUUGCUCACGGAAAUGCUUGAGAGACUUGCCUACUAUGGCAUCACUUCAAACCUCAUCCUCUUCCUCAAUCUAGAACCCUAUAACUGGCUCUCUUACAAUGCAAUGCACAUAUUUUUUGCCUUCACGUCCAUUUCGUACAUAUUUUCAGUCAUCGGGGGAUUGAUUGCGGAUACCUACCUGGGUCGCUUCAAGACAAUUUUUAUCAGCCUUGUCAUCUAUGUCAUCGGUGCUGUAUUUUUCGUGCUCAUGGGCUAUGGCACACGCAAUCAAGAUUUUAUGUGUGAUUUUUGUGAUGUAGAUACAUGUGAUGUAAUAAAUGCUUCGAGGACUGACCCCACAGGACACAAAAUUGAACCUGCACCUGCCAAAUCUCCAGUGACUUGUCUUGGACCGUUGUUGGUAGCCACUCUCUUGACGGCGAUUGGAGGCGGGUCGGUUCGAGCGAACCUCUCACCGUUUGGGGCAGAACAGGUAAAGCAUGAGGGUCCAGAUAUGAUCAGGACUUUCUUUAAUUGGUUCUACUGGUCCAUCAAUAUUGGUUCUUGCAUAGCCUUUGGAGCUGUGGCCUUUGUGCAACAAAAUAUUAGUUUCUAUUACGGAUACAUCAUAGUGGGUGUGGCCCUGGUUCUGUCAUUGAUGGUCUUCACCUGCGGACGAUGUUUGUUCCUGACCAAAGAACCUACCGGAAGUGUGCUUCCAAAUACCUUCAAGAUCAUCACCCAGGCGUUCAGGAGACGCAAGAUGAGGAAAGAGCUGAGUAUCACAAGAACAAGUCACAUGCUGUCAUCCUGUCCCAAGGUGACUUUCCUUGACAUGGCUAAGAAGCGAUAUGGAGGAAGUUUCCAUGAUUCAAUGGUAGAGGAUGUCAAGAGUCUCAAGAAAGUCAUUGGUGUCUUCCUUGUUCUCAUUCCAUACUGGAUGGUUUACUUUCAGAUGCAGAGUACAUAUGUACUCCAAGGUCUUCAUAUGAGGUUUAUGAUACCAAAACACAACAGUUCAGCACCCUCUCCAUUCAACUUUCCCGUAGCAUGGCUCAGCCUCUUUGACGUUGUGGUGGUGAUCCUCCUCCUGCCCAUCCUUGAUCGAUGCAUCUACCCUCGCCUGAUCCGGAGGGGAUACAACAUCUCCCUCUUCUACCGCAUCCUCUUCGGAAUGAUCUUCAGCAUGCUGUCCGUGCUGACUGCCGGAGGGUUGGAGCUGGCACGGAAGCACUGCGUCAAGAACGUGCCAAACUGCACCGUGAACGAGACGAUGCCGAACACUAAUGACAGCUACAAUGCAGCAGACAUGUGGAUCUUCUACCAGAUUCCUCAGUAUAUACUCAUUGGGAUUAGUGAAGUACUGGCCAGUGUAGCAGGUUUGGAAUUUGCCUAUUCUCAUGCACCUAAAUCCAUGCAAGGGCUGAUCAUGGGUCUGUUCUGCCUGUCCAACGGCAUCGGAUCCCUGUGUGGCAGCGCUCUGGUGGCUCUACUGGCUAUUCCCAAAAUAGGAUGGUUCAACUCAAAGGACCGUGGCAACAUCAACGAUGGGGACCUUGCGUACUAUUUCUUCAUUCUUGCCGGAAUUCAGCUCGUAGCCAUGGUGAUCUUCUUCAUUUACAACCACGGUAAGGUCAUGAAUAGCCACCCCGGCCAGCAGUCGGGGCCCAACAGCCUGAAAUCAUCGGCUAGAACUAUCCAUGUGCAGCGGAAAAAUUCCACAUCUGGAUCGGGGGAAUGACAAAAGUUGUUGGAAGGGAGAGAAAUCGUUUCGCGUGAGUGACUGCAACCAUGUGACCAUGUGAUCAGUGGUUAGUUUUGUGACCCAUUCUGAUACAAUCAAACUUGCUUUUAGUGACCACAUAUAGGGAAUGACCACAAGACCGCCAGUUGGUGUCCCUUGAAUUGUUACCCCCAGUGUGCAAGAGGACGACGUACUCUUGAAGACCGCCUUUUAUUUUGUAUGUCUAGGGCAGUAUUUAUAUAUACAAGUAUGCUUCCACAGGAGAUUUUGAUGAGAAGUUUAAAAGCAAUAUUCAUUUCGAUAUGAUGGAGAGCGCUUGAAGUUCUUCAGGCCGAGCACAUGAUAACAGAUCCGGAGAUGACCAUAUUGCGUGUCCCUACUGGACUUUCAUUUCUUCUUCAAGACAAUACCACUUGCAGUGGUUCUCGAAGGUGAUCAAAUUCAUUUAUGAGAGCUGAGUGUCUACAAAGCUGCACACUCUUUUGUAAAAAUUGCAUUUCCUGUGACUCUGCUACUUGUAUUUAAGAUAUUUUGAAAUAUGAAAAGUGAGGAAGGGGGAGAGAGAAAGGGGGAAGGGCUGGGGGAGAGAGAGAUGCGUGACAUGGGUUUAUAAGACACCGAGGAGUGACACAAUUCUGUAACAACUAUGAAGAUAGAUUUUAUAAAUAAGCAUGAUAAUUAUGUAAAAUAAAAAGAGGGUAUGAAUUUUUAUUCCCCCGAUGCAUUUGAUAAGAAAUCAUUUACAAUAACAUUCCAGAAUGAUUAUGCAAGAGUAAUAUGCAUGGCACACAGUGCAUAUUGUACAAAAAUCUAAGUAGUGAUUUACAUUAUCUUUAAAUAUAUUUUUGUACAUGUUUAGAUGCACGUGUGGUAUAUUUGAUAUAACAUGAACCUUUAACAUAUAUUUGAGUAAUUUCUGACUUGAUGCAUGGCUGGGUGACAUCCCUACAGUAUGUAGUCAACUGAGCACCUAAAAAUAUGUUCCAGUCAGGCAUUAAUCUAGUCCACCUCGCCACAAGAGGCAUAAAAUCCUAAGCCAAGCUUUAUAAGGAAGCAAGAAUUGCCUCAAUGAACUCUUCCAUUGGACUGUUUCUAACUUACUUAAUUACCCACUUACCAACUUUAUGAAACGUCACCCAGGGUAAGUCCACAUCGCCACAAGAGGCAUAAAAUCCGAAGCUAUGCUUUGUGAUUGAUAAAGGAAGAAAGAAUUGCCUCUUCAAUGAACUCUUUCAUGGAACUGUUACUUACUAAUACUGACUGACUUAUUUACUUACUUAUCUACUAAUUUACUUACUAACUUACUUACUUAGUCACUUACUUAAUUACCCACUUACUUACUCACUCAUUCAUCACUUAUUGGUUGUUGAGACUUGAUGAGCUCAUCUUGAGAAUUACUAUGCUAUCUGUAUAGAUAUUAAGGGGUAUAUUUGAGAGGAUACCAUUACUUUUCAACUGAAACCAUGAACCAAAGCAAGUUCUUAUUCUUGUACAUGAAUAUUAUAUACAAACUUAUAUGUAAAUUGGUGCCUAAUAUUACUGUUGAGCUAUAAUGUAUGCAGAUAAUUGUAUCAGAGAUCUUAUACUUUUAUUCUAUCCAUUUCGGUGCAUUUAUAAAUUCCUUAGUUUUAAUACAUGUAUAUUUUGCAUAUUGUUACAAGCAUUAUUGUUGUUCGUUGAAUCUACAUUUUCUUCCUUCUUAUACAUGUAUCUACGCAUAUGAUUAUCUUUGUUAUUUCUCACUAGAUCUUGGGAAAUAAAGUGUAAAAUCCUACAAAAUCAAUUAUAUUACAGCAGAUAUACAUAUUUAUCUUUAUUUUAUUUGAAUCAUUAGAACUUAGAGAAAAAAGAAGGCUGAUGAGGCACUUGUUUGUACACAUCGCAGGGGCAUGUCUCAACCAAUGUCAAGAAUAGUGACCGCAUUAUGUUGUUGUAUAGUUUUCAUUUUGUUUUUUCCUCAUUCAUCUUUUAUGAACUGCUUAUCUAUUGAUAACAUUUUGGUUAUUACUCUAUAUUUCAAUUAAGUUUAGUUUCUCUUUUAUCAUGGAUGAUGUUAUCUAGGUGGAGCUAAUAAGUCUUCCUCAUUACCCCCAUAGCGCUCCAAGAAAUUUUAAUAAUACUUUAAGAAAGAACCACAUUUUGUCAAGAGAUCUCUGAAUUAUAAUUAUCUUCUUAUUCUUAUAGUUCAUGAUGGAGAACGAUACACUUCAAAAACACUUGUGUUGAAACUGCACCAUCAGUGUAUACAGAGGACCUUAUAUUAUGCAUUUUACACCGUUGUUGAGUGUUUAUAUAACACCUACUUGUGUUAUUAUACACAUUUUGUUUUACACUUUAGCAAAGUGGGAUAGCAUGGUAAAUAGUACGGUACUAUCUGGCCCUGCAAAAAAGCAGGGUAAGCCGGCUUAUUGUGGUGCUAACACCACAAUUGCGGUGCUAAGAGAUGCAGUAUGAAAUGAAACUGGGCUAAGGAAAAGAGGGGCUAAGCAUUGGCCAAUCACAGAAGUCGAAAUUGCACGUUAAUCAUGCUCUUUAUGGUAAAAUCAUCAAAAUUCAUAAGCUGUGUGAUAGUCUGGUGUUGGGCUUUGACCCCGGCUAAGCAAACAAUCUGGGGUUAAGAAAGACAGUGUGAACAAAAAAAAGAUAGUGUGGGGUUAAGGAUAGUCCGGGGUUGAGGAUAGUAUUGGGUUAAGGAAAUGCAGUGUGAAAAGCAUAUGUGCGGCAUCUGCAGAGACCUCCAGGCAACCUCAGUCACACGCAGUGCUUGCCCAGAAAGGUGCCACAGGGCUUUUUUCAACACUGUAGUUUCUACAGCUUGUUGAAGAUUUCUCUGAAGUUUAUCAUUGACAAAAUGUUGAAUUUGGCAAGAUUUAUUUCUUGAUCUUUUUUAGCAUUUCCACUUUAUAUAGAAAUAUAUUUUACCCCCCUCCCCUUCUCCCCCACUGGUCCCUGGGGUUAUAUAAAAACCUUGUUCAGUUUCUUCCGGCCCUUCAGCAUUUGAUUAAAUCAAAUGAAUUAGCUGAAUUUUGGCUGUUUGUUUGUUGUUGUUUCUACUUUAGGUUUUGGCUCUUUUAUGCAUAAAUUCUUUUUGUUCAAGGUCAAUGUUUUGAAGCUUUUGUUUGUUUCCACUGACAGGUUGUCAUUUUCUAACAUUUACCAAAGUAGCAUAAAAAAACAAUUAAAAAAUCUGAAAUGUGUUUUUGAAGCUGACAUAUCAGUGCAGGUAACAUUCAUGAAUACCAGGGUCCCCAGAAGAUAAAGCCGAGCAAAUUGAUCAUACAACACAAUUUGAUGGUUGAAUCCACUGACCAUAAUGAUGUAAAAUCCACUGUGAAGAUCCAUCAUAUAGUUAUUGGGUCUGUGUGUUCUCCAGGCUCAGUUGAUCAAUUCAAUUGAACAACUAUCGCUCAGGGAUUGAUUGAAUCUUAUUUAAGGUUGUACUUGUGAAGAAUUUAAUUAGAGUUAAAUAUAAUGUCUUUCUGAUGACUUAUAUCUCUUCUUUUUUCAUAAUUUAAUUUUUGGGGGGGGGGGGAUUUGAAGGACAUAAUACAGAAGUAUCAGUCUUUGAAGUCAAAGUUCUACAAGUUCACAUACUUCUGAUUUUGGGGACACUUCUUAUGUUAAGAAAACAAAACAACUUUGCACUGCGUAUAUACUUCAGUGGGUAGUUCUGAUAGUUUGCCUGCAUAUAUUGACUCAGAAUAAAAUGUUUAACAUUGAUAUUUAAUAUUCGUUGUAAAUUUUGUGAGAGAUUAUAAACCCCAUGAUGAAUAAGAUAUAUUUUCAUAAUUUCACAGUUUGUUUUUUUCUCACAUGACAAAUCAUACGUUUCUUAUGAUAUUAUUGAAUGAUAAUAUACUGAUAGUAUCAAUAAACACUAAUAAAAAUGCUAUGGCCAGUAUUCUGAAGUCAGGUUUAAGUUAGACCAUGGUCUAACUCUGUGCUAAAAGUUUAGGAAGCCAAAAAUU